AGAGAAGAAACGCAAAAAACAAGGUCACACAACAAACACAGGACAUCACCAUCCCCCCAUCCGUCUAUAGGUUAAAAAGCCCAGCACCAAGCGCAACCAUCAAGCUUUCGUCUCGGCAGCUCUUGGCUCCGCCUCCUAUCCUCUCCUCUUCCCCUACUCUCCUCUCUUCUCUCUCUCCGCCUCCACCAGUCUCCCCCUCUCCCUCUCCAAACCCUCCAUAGCUAUAGGCAGCAGCUGGGGGUGCUGGCGGCGUUGAGGCAUUCUUGAAUCCGGCGUGGUCGCUUCCCCAGAUCCAUCUUUUUUGGAUCGUUUCUUCGGGCGAUUUGGAGGAGCAAAGAAAGCCCUCCCAAAUCGCAGAAAGGAGCCGCCUUUGCGAAGCUCCUGCUGCCUUCUCUGCUCGUUGUUCCUGGCCUGGGAUCACAUAUCCCCGCAAGGAAAAAAAAGGAGCCGCCUUUGCAUUUAUUCUUUUGGCCCCUUGGGAGAUCGCCCUCGUCAAGAUUUGGUGGGAAGUGGGAACCCAAUUCGCUCGCGGUUCUCACUUCUCCUUGUGUGGAAAGGCGCCGCUUUGGCUCCUGUUUCCCCCCACCGCUCGCUCCCGCGCCGCUCCUCUCCCUAUAUAUCUAUCUCUCUGACUAUCUUGUUCACAUACGCCUGCGCGCCUGCCUAACUUUGUUUUACUUCGAUCCAUCCACCGGUUUUCGGCAUCCCCCGUCUCGGCAUUUGAUCGUUGCUUAGUCGCUUGUUGAUUUGACGCAGGCCAGAUCGCUGUCUGGCGCUUGUUUUAUUUUGAGUUGUUGCGGUGUGUUUGCUGUUCUUGGUUGGAGGCAUGGCUGCGGCGGCGAACGGAGGUGGCGCGGCGCUGUUCAGCGAGGAGGAGCUGCGGGACGUCAGCGGGGUGCGCCGGUGCGAGGAUUUCGUGGAGGUGACGUGCGGGUGCACCAGCCACCGCUACGGCGACGCCGUGGGCCGCCUCCGCGUCUACGCUUCCGGCGACCUCGAGGUCAGCUGCGAGUGCACGCCCGGGUGUCGCGAAGACAAGUUGACGCCUUCUGCCUUUGAGAAACACUCUGGAAGGGAGACUGCUGGAAAGUGGAGGAAUACUGUGUGGGUCAUGGUUCAAGGAGAGAAGGUUCCAUUGUCAAAGACAGCUCUGCUGAAAUACUACUCGCUGUCUCACAAAUCUGCUAAUGGUUCUAACAAAGGCCGUAAUGGUCGCCUGUCACACCGAGAUGAGUUUAUUCACUGUACGGAAUGUGGCAAGGAGAGGAGGUUUCGGCUCCGGUCUAAAGAAGAGUGCCGUAUUUACCAUGAUGCUCUUGCUAAACCUAACUGGACAUGUGCUGAUUUGACAACUGAUAGGGUCACCUGCGGCGAUGAGGAGGAGCGCGCGAGCCGCAAGGUGCUGAGAGGCUGCUCCCGCUCCACGUCGUGCACCGGCUGCGUGAAGUGCGUGUGCUUCGGGUGCGAGAUCUGCCGCUUCACCGACUGCGGGUGCCAGACCUGCGUCGACUUCUACCAUAACUCCAAGGAGUAGGAGGAUGAAACAAUGCAUGAAACACCACCAUGGGACAUGGUAGGAUGAAACACCAGCAUGGUCGAUAUACCCUUGCAGACCCAGAUGUUUUUUAGUCAAACCCCCCAGGUCCAAUGAUUCCCCGGCUUCACUGGGGGGGGCCUCCUAUUCUGAGAACUGAGAUGUUCUUUGACUAGCUUCUUCCCAUAGACAACAACUAGUACCGGGGAAAGCCGGCCGAUUUUUGCUUCAUAUAAUUUACCAAAAUUCUAUUCAUGUUCAUUUUAGUACAUUGCUGGGGAAGUGAAUCGGUUGCCAUUGGUUGAAUCUUUGUAUGCAAUGCAAUGCAAGGGGGUUUCGGCGUCUAA